GUUGUGCUUUUGCAGAAAUCCGUGCUUCGAACUGUAGACGGCUGUGUCACUCCGCUCCCCGGGACCUUUGCGGCAGCUUCUGAGGGCGGGGACGAGUUCACGCGGUUUAGUCACUGCUGGAGGUGGUCGCACGGCCAUGUCGCCGGCUCCAGCUGCAGCCCAGGCGUCUGUGUCGGUCUCCCUGUUUGACCUCAAGGCGGAUACUCCGGUCCUUCAGGGCCUGCGCCUGGUGAGCCACGCUCCCGGAGAGGCUCUGGCCCAGGCUCUGCAGACUUCGUUUCCAGGUUCAGGGGAGAGAAUAAGUCCAGAAAGAAAACCACUCCAGGGUCCUCUGGAUAUUUCAGAAAAGUUGUUUUGUUCAACCUGUGACCAGACCUUCCAGAACCACCAGAACAGGGAACAUUAUAAGCUUGACUGGCAUCAGUUUAACCUAAAGCAGCAUCUCAAGGACAAGCCUCUCCUGUCUGCCCUGGACUUUGAAAAGCAGAGCUCCACAGGAGAUCUUUCCAGCAUCUCAGGAUCAGAAGACUCGGACUUAGCCAGUGAGGAGGACUUGCAGAUACUGGAUGAGGAGAGGGCUGAGUUUGAGAAGCCUAACUGACCCCGAGGCUUCCACCCCCAUCGGGUUCUUUUCCAGAAUGCCCAGGGCCAGUUUCUUUAUGCCUACUGCUGUGUCCUAGGCCCUCGCCAGGCAAGUGCCAGCACAGGUUGUGUGGUGCCCCCAGAAGAAGCAGAACUGCUGCUACAGAACCUGCAAAGUGGAGGUCCCAGGGACUGCGUGGUGCUCGUGGCUGCCGCUGGGCACUUUGCUGGUGCUGUUUUCAGGGAAGUGUUGACACACAAAACCUUUCACCGCUACACAGUGCAGGCCAAGUGGGGCACAGCCCAGGGGCUUCAGGAUGCCCGGGGUGCGGCUUCCCACUCUGCUGGAGCCAACCUGAGGCGCUACAGUGAAGCCGUGCCGUAUUAGGAUGUUCGUGACCUGCUGGCAGGGCCAGACUGGGCUAAGGUGCUGGAGAAGGCUGGGACGAUACUGAUGCGUGCACCCCACUCUGGCCGGUCCUUGUUCUUUGGAGGCCGUGAGGCUCCCCUGCAACGUGGGGAUCCCCGACUUUGGGAUAUCCCCCUCGCUACCCACAGACCCACCUUCCAAGAGCUACAGCGUGUGCUCCAUAAGCUGACCACCUUGCAUGUCCAUGGCGAAGACCCCCGGGAGACAGUCAGGUUGGAUUUACCUCAGACACACUGGAAGACAAUGAGAGAAAGGAAGGCCAUUGAGGAAGAAAGAAAGGUUUGCAGUGAUGAAAAUGAGGCACUCAGGCGGAAUGAGGAAGCUCCCAAACAGGGUUCAGAGUCAGAGGGAGAGGAUGGCUCCCAGGUAGAGUUGGAGCUAGCAGAGGUGAUACUGGGGACGCUGGAUCUUCGUGAAUUUGAGGUAUUGCCCAAGCAGAGGAGGAGAAAAAGGAAUAAGAGGGAGAGAAACCAAGACCUGGAGGCUGGGGCGCAAAUGACUCUUUCCUAGCAACCUCAAGAAGAUGAGGCCUUUUCAGAGUCAGCCCCUUUGGGGCCUUUCCCAGAUGAGGCCAAGUCCCCUGGUCAGCCAGAGCUCUGGGAUGUGCUUUUGGCUGCUUGCCGAGCUGGAGGGGGGAUGCUGACGCUCCGGCUAGCUGCCAGCCCCGUGGACCCUGGAGUUCUGUCUCUGCUCAGUGCCCCCUUGGGCUCUGGUGGCUUCACCCUCCUGCACGCAGCUGCCGCAGCUGGGAGAGACUCAGUAAGUGAUGUUCAACUCAUUUUUUGGGUUUUCGCACCUAGGGACUCCCGGACCCAGCCACCGUACACAGUUGCAGCUGACAAAUCAACACGUAAUGAGUUCCGGAGGUUCAUGGAGAAGAAUCCAGAUGCUUAUGAUUACAGCAAAGCUCAGGUGCCAGGGCCACUGACGGCGGAAAUGGAGGCGCGGCAGGCCAUUCGGAAAAGGGAGCAGAAGGCAGCCCGGCGGCAGUGGGAGGAGUGGCAGGCGCAGAAGCGGAAGCAGGAAGAGCAGCGGAGAUUUGCUGCCCUCAGCGACUGAGGGAAGGGAGCUCUGGCUGCAGAGCGCCGACUGGCUGCCCAGUUGGGAGCCCCUACCCCUCAGGUCCCCGACCCUGCCAUCAUCAACGUUCGACGCCGCUGAAGCUGUGGGACAUCCCUCCAAGGCCUCAUAUUCCCUUUCACUACUUUUUCUUUCCGCUCCACACGCUGCCUCCAGGAUCAUCGCUGUCGGGCUGGGAAGCCCUCUUCCUGAUCUCUUACAGCUCCACCUGGGGCCAACUCUAGGCUCUGAGAGGGCACAUACACACUGGUCCUAGGUUUCUUCUUCCCCACGGAACCAGAGUAUUUGGAAGACUGGGGUGAGGGACAUUCAGGAACCAGGGCAAAGACAGGGCCAUAGAGGUGUGUGGAGCUGGUACUGUCUCUGGAAUUUUAAUCACAAUAAAGUUUGGCAAGGAAACUGCACUUGUACUUACACUCA